AUGCCUCCCAAAAAGGGCGCCGGCGGCAACGAGCCGGCCAAAAAGAAGGCCUCGGUCGAAGACAAGACGUUCGGCAUGAAGAACAAACGAGGCGCCGUGGCGCAGAAGCAAAUCAAGCAGAUUGCACAGGCGCAAGCGUCGGCCAAAACGCCGGAGCAGAAGAAGAAGGAGGCCGAGAAGGUGGCGCGGGAGAAGGAGAAGGAGGCUGCGGAGCAGGCGAAGAAGGAGGCCGCUGAAUUACUUGGAAAACCUGUGUCUACGCAAAAGGUGCCUUUUGGCGUUGAUCCGAAGACGGUGGUGUGUGAGUUUUUUCGCAAGGGGAUGUGCGAGAAGGGGAGGAAGUGUAAAUUCAGUCACGACUUGGAUGUCGGGCGCAAGGCGCAGAAGAAGUCGCUGUACACCGAUAUGCGCGAGGGAGACGAAGACGGCGAGGACGACGACGAGGAUGGCAAGAAGAAGGACGACAUGGCGGAUUGGGACGAAGAGAAGCUGCGCCAGGUGGUCAUGAGCAAGCACGGCAAUCCCAAGACGACGACGGAUAAAGUGUGCAAGUUCUUUAUCGAGGCGGUGGAGAAUGGCAAGUACGGGUGGUUCUGGCAGUGUCCGAAUGGCGGGGACAAGUGCAUGUAUCGCCAUUCGCUGCCGGCGGGUUUCGUGCUCAAGACGAAAGAGCAGCGCGCGGCGGAGAAGGCGCUGAUGGAUAAGAGUCCGCUGGCGACGUUGACGUUGGAGGAUUUCUUGGAAUCCGAGCGGCAUAAGUUGAGCGGCACUUUGACGCCUGUGACGCCUGAAUCGUUCGCGAAAUGGAAGCAGGAGAGGUUGGAUAAGAAGGCUGCGGAGCAGGAGGCGCAGAAGAUGAAGGAGGCUACAGGUCGUGCGCUCUUCGAGAAGGGCGAUUGGCAACUCAGCGAGGACGAAGACGAUGGAGCGGAGGACGGGGAUGUGUGGAAUCUAGCGGCGCUCCGGCGAGAAACAGAGGAGGCGAGGCAGAGGAAAGAAGAUGAGCGAGUGGCCAAGGAGUAUGGAUUGGAGAGUACCAAUGGCGUGGCGGAAGCGGGGCCUAGUUGA